AUGACGUCACAUUUACGCGACCGCUUGGAAACGAUUCCGUUCACAGAUCUGUGGUGAAGUAUGUGACUUAAAGCGUUUCCAAAAGAUAUAUAACCAACGUUUUCCUUUUUUUCGUUUAUUUAUGUUUCGUUAAUAUCGUUGUGGUGAAUGUGGGCAGAAAAUGUUUAUGCCGAGAUCGCUGAAGCUCAAGAGAGCCCCAGAGUCCCAGCAGCAGCAGCAGAACCCCAAGAGAAGCAAAGCGACAUCCGAAGACACUGUUUCUACGUCUCCACCUGAUACCUGUCCUUCAGAUGAGACUGUACAUAUAGAAAAAGAGGAGGAACCCCAUCAGAUAGAGACUGAAGAAGCAGAUGAAGAGGAGGAACCAGUGAAGUCCUUCAAGAAGAACCAGAGAUGGCCAGAGCCAGGAGAGCCCGUGUGUGUCAUGUGCGGUCGAUAUGGAGAAUACAUCUGCGAUAAAACAGACAACGAUGUCUGCAGCCUGGAGUGUAAAGCCAGUCAUCUGGCUAAAAUGUGCUUGGAUUUCGGAGAGAAGGUGUUUUCUAUAGAUCUGCAGGAGGGUCCAGAGAGCUCUAGUGCAGCAGACACUGAGCUCAGUUACUCUUACAAGGAGGAUGUGUUCAUAUCUGAACUGACUGAGGAGCAGGUUGAGAGGGUUAAAACCGAGCUGGCGAUAGUGACUGCUGGCACUGAGGUCUGUAGACCCAUUAUAGAGUUUGAACACUGUAACUUUCCCACAGCGCUCAGGCUCAACCUGAAGAAAGCCGGGUAUGAGGCUCCCACUCCCAUCCAGAUGCAGAUGCUGCCUGUUGGUUUGAAUGGCAGAGAUGUGAUUGCCUCUGCAGAUACAGGCUCUGGAAAGACGGUCGCCUUCCUUCUUCCAGUGGUCAUGCAUUCUCUCCAGAGCCGAACUGCUUCUCCAUCUUGUCCCACAUGUCUCAUCCUGACCCCGACCAGAGAGCUGGCCAUCCAGAUAGAGAAGCAGACGAAAGAGCUGGUGAUGAGUCUGCCCAACAUGAGAACUGCUCUUCUGGUGGGGGGGAUGCCUUUACCCCCUCAGCUGCAUCGACUCAAGCAGAAUAUCAAGAUAGUAAUAGCCACUCCAGGACGCCUCCUUGAGAUCCUGAAGCAGAAGGCUGUACGGCUGGAUAACAUCAGGGCCGUUGUGGUUGAUGAGGCGGAUACCAUGCUGAAGAUGGGAUUCCAGCAACAGGUUCUUGAAAUUUUGGAGCAGGUCCCUGAAGAGCAUCAGACGCUGUUGACGUCAGCCACCAUUCCCAAAGGAACAGAACAGCUAGCGGCUCGUCUCACCCGCGAGCCUGUGAGCAUUACCAUCGGUCAGAAGAACCAACCCUGCUCCAACGUCCGUCAGAUCGUCCUCUGGGUGGAAGAGCCGUCAAAGAAAAAGAAGCUCUUUGAGAUUUUUGACUUAAAGCUGUACCAGCCACCGGUAGUUGUGUUUGUGGACUGCAAACUUGGGGCCGAUUUGCUGUGUGAAGCUGUGCAAAAGGUCAUGGGAUUAAACACAGUCGCUAUUCACUCAGACAAGAUGCAGUGGGAACGCAACAAAAUUGUAAAGGGUCUACUUGAGGGCCAGUUUGAAGUGGUGGUCAGCACUGGGAUUCUCGGUAGAGGACUGGACCUGGUCAAUGUUAAGCUUGUAGUGAACUUUGACAUGCCAGCUAACAUGGAUGAAUAUGUUCAUCAGAUUGGUCGAGCAGGUCGACUGGGCCACAGAGGCACCGCCAUCACCUUCAUGAAUAACAACAACAAGUGGCUGUUUCUGGACAUUGUGAACAGAGUGAAACCCACGGGCUCCAUCCUGCCGCCACAGCUCCUCAACUCCCCACAUCUGCACGAACAGCAGAGGAGAGCCACACAGAGGAGCAGCCGUGGAGAAGACGUCCUUGUAUCCAAGAGCAACCUCAUCGACAUCAUCAGGAAGCAUGACAAAAGAUCUGCCAAGAAAUAACAAGCAAAUAUAUGUAUUGCUAAAUGUUUUGUUGCUGCUUUUGUAAUUUGUAUUUUCUAUAAAUGCUACAAGUGAAUGGAAAAAAACGUCCCUUCUGAUUGUCUCCAAUAUAAUUACACACACAAUAAUAAUGUCA